GGUUUGAUCUCAGUCGGUGGGUCUAGUGAGAGGCUCACUGGAGCGGAUUUUUAUCCCCCGCCAACCUGCGCGAGACGCCGCACUAGUAAUGAAUCAGGAAAUAGGCUGUAGGAUAAAUCUCACUGCGUAUUUUCAACAAGCAUCUUUGUCGCAAUAAAAAUUAUCCCAUCUGCCUCUCGGUUUCUCUCUAAACCGUCUGCCUCUUGGUCUCUCUCUAAACCUCGCAUACAGAACUCACUCCUCCACUAUACGCAGAGAGAAGAAUGGUGGCGGCUGUAACUCUACCCCACUCCUCUCCCCUCUCAUUCCCUGGAAAAACCCUAAAAGACCCUAACCCUAAUCUCACCUUUCCACUUUCUCUCUCCACCACCAGCAACAACAAGAAGUCCCCAUUUCUCUCAUCAUGCCUCAAAAUGUCAGAGGUUUCGCCGAUAAUUCUUUCUGAAGAAGACAAGUCAGCAUUGACCCCUCAGAUGAGAGUCAACAUAUACGCCGAAAGUCUGCCGUUCAUCCAGAAAUUCCGAGGCAAGACCGUCGUAGUCAAGUAUGGAGGCGCAGCCAUGAAAUCAGAGUCUCUCCAGGCCUCCGUCAUCACCGACAUCGUGCUUUUGUCCUGCGUCGGCAUCCGCAUUGUAUUCGUCCAUGGCGGUGGGCCCGAGAUCAACCAGUGGCUGGGUCGAUUGGGCAUCGAAGCCCACUUCCUCAACGGCCUCCGAGUCACCGACUCGUCCACCAUGGAAAUCGUCUCUAUGGUCCUCAUCGGAAAGGUCAACAAGAACCUCGUUUCGUUGAUCAACAAGGCCGGUGCCACCGCCAUCGGCUUCUCCGGCAUCGACGGCCGCCUCUUCACCGCCCGCCCGUCUUCCAAAUCAGCCCAAUUGGGAUUCGUCGGAGAGGUCGCCAGCGUGAACCCAUCCGCCCUCCGACGGCACAUCGAGGACAAUCAUAUACCGGUUAUUGCGUCGGUGUCGGCUAACGACGAAGGUCAGAUGUAUAAUAUCAAUGCGGACACUGUAGCCGGGGAGUUGGCGGCGGCAUUGGGGGCUGAGAAGCUGAUUCUGCUGACGGACGUACCGGGGAUUCUGGAGGACAAGGCCGAUCCGGGGACUUUGGUGAAGGAGAUUGAUAUAAAAGGCGUGAAGAAGAUGAUGGAAGAUGGGAAGAUUGCAGGUGGGAUGAUUCCGAAGGUGAACUGUUGCGUGAGGUCGCUAGCGCAGGGGGUUCGGACGGCGAGUAUCAUCGAUGGGCGGUUGCCGCAUUCGUUGCUCCUCGAGAUUCUCACAGACGAGGGGGCCGGAACCAUGAUUACUGGGUAAAAUGUCGUUUAAUUUCAAAGUAGGUAUUAAAACUUUGAUGGGUCUGUUUUGCAGUGACGGUUUAAGUUAUUGUAGCAAGAGCGUGACAAUGUAACAUGCACUCUUUGUUGAAUGGGUACAUUUAAGCUUUAUUUUA